UGUUUGUUGUUCAUACACUACACCAAUCCUUUUUCUUUUUCACAUUACUCAUCAAUGUCAUCCCACACACAUUUUAUCAUCACCACCACAAUUAUGAUAACUGCCAUACUCGCCGGAGUCUCCACCGCCAGAGACCUCCGUCCCUCCGAUCACGGCCUCAGCUUCCAAUCCCCACCGCCAGCAAAUUCUCCACCGGACAUGAAAUCCUUCUUCAACACCAACUCCAGCUCAUCCUCCUCUUCUUCCUCCUACGACGCGUAUCGGAAUGUCCCUGAUUCCCUCCCGCCGGCAUAUUGGAGCACCACCGGGAACGGCAGAGGAAAGCUGAGAAAAGCUUUAGUAAUGGCGAGCUUGGUUUGUGGAAUCACAGGUGGCGUUUUAUUAGUGGUUUCUAUUUUGCUUUGUUUGUUUAAUAAGCAUAGAAGAAAAAAUUCAGAACGAAACGAUUCAUUUCGUGAUGAAGAUAAUUAUAAUUUUAAUAAGUGAGAAAUUCGUGAGUUUUUUUUAUUUUAAGGUUGUUGUGUUUUUAUUUAUUUAUGUAAAGGUGAAAAGUCGAGGGUCAUUGUGUAAAUUCAUUGAUUACUACUACUAAUACUAAUACAUACUUCUUUGUAUAUUUUAUUAUAU